AUGAACUUUAUAAAGGAUGCAAUAACAAGGGUUGGACGAUCUGCUCGUCAAUUGGAAUCUUUCACCAGUUCACAAAAAGGAAAUGUGGUUUUAGCCACUUCAAAAGAAGAAUCAUCGCCGAAAGUAAUACACAAGCCAAAUAGAAAUUUGACCAAUGCAGAUCUCCAUAAAUUCAAACCGCUAGUAAAGGGAUACCAACGGAAAGUGUACCAGGACUUCUUAGAGCCGUUGCAGAUUUCUAAUUUAAAAGUAUUCAAUGAUGACCUCCCCAAGUAUAAUUCGGAGUUGGCUAAAAUUGUAUGGGUACGAAAAACGAACCAGGAUACAGUGAAUGUUUUCAAUAAUUUCUUGGAAGAUAGAAUAAUAUUCAACCAGAUGAUGGAUUUGUUAAUAGAUAUAACGCCUGAAUACUUGAAAUCCAAUGACAUACACAACGAUCAAAGUCUCUCGAGAAUACUACAGCAGCAGGACCACCAAGACCGAAUGAAUAAAUUUUCCGACAUAACUCCAAGAUACCAUUUUCAUGAAAUACCGCCAAUACCACCGUUAGACCCGGAGAGCUUUCAAAAAUACAUAUACUUUCUUACCCAUCUGAAGAUACUAUACAAGAAUUCGCUGUCACUACAGAAUGGCCUUGUAUCGGAUAUCUUAUUACACACGCAUAAGCUAACCAACACAAAGUACCAGCCAUUUCGCUCGGUAUAUACAUACAAUUACUUGAUCAAGUUCUUCGGAUACGAUAAGAAUCAAAGUUCGUUUGCAAGAGAAUUGUUACUAGUAAUGAAUAAAGAUGGCCAUAAACCCAACAUAGAUACAAUCAACAAUUUGUUGAAACUAUGCCAAACGCACUCCAAAAUUCGGUCUAUUUCCAACACCUACCAAAUUAUAAUAAAGUAUUUGAAGCUCAGCAAGUCAUUAAAUAUAGAAAUUAAUUUAACGACGUGGAACAGAAUUUAUGACCUGAUUAACAAUAUUUUUCUUAAAGAAUUAUUCAUAAAUAAAAUGAUCAGCAUUAAUUUACCCAUUCUGAAGAAUUUGAGCAUUCGGAUCCUCGAUGAUUAUAUGGAAACCACAAAAAAUACAAACGAACUUAUAGCAUUCAUAGAGAAUGAUUUGCAGGUGAAAUGGCGCCAAGAUUCGAAGUUUCUUAAUAAAGUUCUUUAUCAUAAAGCAAUUAAUGCGACACAAGACCAUCUACAUGAAUUAUGGACUUUCAUAAAUACUUGUGAUAUUGACAGUUUCUCAGUUAAGUACUUGUUCGAAGGUAUCAUUAAGAAUAAGCAAAUAACCAACAAAGGGCUUAUGCUCGUAUCCUUCUAUUCAAACAUUGAUAACAGUCUUUACAAUAACCCAGAUAUUUACAAGUUUAUAAUACUGGGAGUAUGUGAGAACAACGAAAAUUACUCUUACGAUAAAAUUGCAUUCAUACUACGCGGAUUGAUCCACGACGCUACUCACUACUUAGGGCUACCACAGGAAAUCACGAAGUACGAGACGAAUAAAACGGUUUCUGAAAACUUCAAGAUAAUCAAGAGACUAGUUGGGUUUAAGCUUACUAAGUUCGAAGGGAAGCUAGCCUAUUAUAACCAACAAGCAUCACCGGUCCACCCAUUACUGUCUCCGUUGUCCAUGGAGGAAAGAACCCUCUGGAUGGGACUCAAGGCUCAUAUCAAGCAAAAGAACAACCCAACUGAUCCCCAAGAAAUCAUACAUCGUUUACAAUUGGGGCCAUGUACAGUAUUGAUACCUCAAGACCAAAUUAACAAAUACGAACAGUACCAAAACCGAAAAACGGCAAAUGCCAGAAACAGAGAUCGCUUGUAUAAACUUCAGCAGGGAAUAGACAACUACACCGUUCAACAAAUGACUGAAAGGGGUAUCAUCGUGUGA